AUGUUCCUACAAAACGCUCAGGGGCACACGCUUCAGUAUGGAAUCACUGCUGCUUGCGGUGCUGGAUUUCUUCUCUUCGGCUAUGAUCAGGGUGUUUUUGGGGGAUUACUGGACAAUGAGCCCUUCCUGAAAACCUUUGGCUAUCCUGGGACUACAAUUCAAGGACAGAUCGUGGCCACGUACGAUAUCGGCUGCAUUAUCGGGACCCUGAUAUCCAUGUAUGCCGGUGACAUGUUAGGUCGCCGAAGAUCUAUUCUAAUUGGCUGUGUGAUUUUGAUAAUUGGUGCUGUCAUUCAAACAGCUUCAUAUUCUCUCGCACAGAUGAUUGUUGGUCGCGUGGUUGCAGGGGUCGGAAAUGGAAUGAAUACCAUCGCUAUUCCUAUCUGGCAAGCAGAAACCGCACGACCUAAGGAUCGAGGAAAACUUAUUGUUUUCCAGCUGGUGACGAAUAUCUUUGGUAUUGUGAUUACGAAUUGGAUGAACUACGGCUUCACUUUUAUCCCAAACUCGCCUGUGAGCUGGCGAUUUCCGUUAGCAUUCCAGUGUUUUUUUGCAAUCGUCACUAUUAUGUUGGUCCUUGUCACUCCAGAAUCGCCACGGUGGCUUAUUAUGAAAAAUCGCGUUUCCGAAGCACAACAUAUCCUCGCUAGACUCUUGAUGAAACCAGAAGAUGACCCUGUCGUUGUCAGCGAGAUUCAAAAUUCGGUUGCUAGUGUUCACCACGAGGCCGAAGUGCAACAGUCUGUGGCUCUCAAAGAGAUAUUCACUCGUAACAGCAAGCAGCAGACGCUUCGUCGUAUGAUUCUAGGAGCUGGAACUGCAUUUUUCCAACAGGUCGGAGGUACCAACGUCAUUGCAUACUAUCUCCCAGUGGUCCUUACGCGCUCUGUGGGGCUGAGCAGUCGCAUGGCUCUGGUAUUGUCUGCUGUCGACUCCAUGUCUCUCAUGUUCUGGGGCUCAAUUGCAGCGCUUUUGAUCGACCGAGUUGGACGAAAGAAGUUGAUGCUCAUAGGUGUGGCGGCAAGCAGUGUCUGCUUUGCUCUCGUUGCCGUGGGUUUACGAUACGGUGGGCCAGAUAAUAAAGGCAUGUCCGUUAUGGCUAUCGUUUUCAUUUUUGCCUAUUAUGUCUUCUAUGGGAUCUCGCUGCUCUCGAUUCCUUACAUAUACCCCGCCGAGAUUAACUCUCAGAAAAUGCGCAAUAUCGGCACUUCUUUCGCAACAGCAGUCAACUGGAUCUUUGUUUACGUUGUUGUCGUGGUCACCCCUACUGCAAUCCAGAAUAUCCAAUGGCGAUACUACAUGCUCUACGCCAUUUUCAACUUCUGUUUCAUUCCACUUAUCCAUUACUUUUAUGUCGAGACUGCAACUUUGUCUCUGGAACAGGUUGAUAGGCUUUUUGAGAUCAAACAUGAUGCUGGAAAAAACAUGAGCUGGGCAGAUGCUACUCGGAUUGCACGUACUGAGAGCGAUGAUUUGCAGAUGACUGUGGAGAAGGAUGUGGCUGAUGCGGAGCACUGUGAGACUGCUCCCUGA